AUGCACUACAACAACUAUGUCGAUCAUCGUGAGAUGCGAUCAUUUAACGACAUAGUGUUAUACUCAAGAUGGUUAACUUGCGAAUCACGUCUCACUGCUCCUCAUCUUCCUGAGCGCAUGAUGCGGAAGUUUGACUACAUUCAGACUAUUCCCAGACACUAUGUUGUCUCUGCUCCUCCUACUUUUACACGUAGAGAGAUGGAUGUCAUGUUUAAUGAUUAUCUUAGUCAUCUGGUACAAGAGGAGACACGAAGUACCAUAGUUGAGAGCGACUGGAGCUACGCCGACGAGUACAUCAGAUGGUUCUUCAAGGUGUCACAUUUGUAUAUGGUGCAGGAUGCUCCAAGAGAUUGA